GGGGAGGUCCCCGCAGGCUGUUGUCGACUAAGGUGGUAUUACUUUCAUUUUUUCGUUCCUGAAUAGUUUUAUCAUUUGAGCAAAUCGUAGGGAUAUUAUCCUUCUAAGGAGCACGGAAAUACAUUGUAGACUUUCAGCAUGGAUACUUCGGGCGUGGCUAUUCAAAUGCAGGCUGGUAUGCCCCCGCCAAAUGUUCAGGGUUUACCCCCUGGUCUUCAGUAUUUAGCUGGACUUAAUGAGAUAAAAAUUCACCAACAUUUAGACAUCUUAGAAGUUGCCACUGGUUUUGAAAGGAAUAACAAAUACAAGAUCUGCAACAAUCAAGAUCAGCAGUUCAUGUACGCAAAAGAGGACACUGAUUGCUGUACGAGACAGCUAUGUGGACCUUCCAGACCUUUCACAAUGAACAUCACAGACAAUAACUUUCAGCCAUUGAUCUCGCUGUAUCGGCCUUUUAGAUGUCAGGCUAGCUUCAUGUGGUGCUGUUAUCUACAGGAAAUGGACAUCAUGUCGCCUCCUGGUCUUUCAGUUGGUGGGCUGAGGCAGUUAUGGACACCAUGGAAACCCAAGUUUGAAGUUUACGAUGCACAGAAGACUCCAUUAUUCCAGAUAGAUGGAGAAUGCUGUUUCUGUUGCCCAUGUACUGACAUCAUGUUCACGAUCACAGAUAUUGCCAAAGGUCAGCAGAUCGGUCAGAUAGUCAAGCACUGGGGAGGAUGUCGAGAAAUUUUCGGAGGUGUCAAUGAUUUCCAGGUCACAUUUCCUAUGGAGUUGGAUGUUAUGCAGAAGGCUUUACUGUUGGGAGCUACCUUCUUGAUUGAUUUCAACUACUUUGAACCAAAGAAGAACUAAAGCACUAUAGCAGGGGUCUUAACUGCUAUCUUCUACACAUUACAUAUGCAUUCUUUUGAAUAUGAAAUGAAGAAGAAGCUAAUUAUAUUGUCAACGCCUCUUUCUAUCGCCUUCUAAAAUACACCGUGACUUUCGGCAGUUUUGUUCCAAAGAUGACAAGCAUGGAACACAGCUGCUGAGGUGACCAUAUAGAUACGACAACCAUAAUUCAGCUAUUUUAUAUAUUUACUGAUAUUUCGUAUUUUAGAAGAAAAAAAAUCUGCAAACUUUCAUCAUAAUGUCCUCAGUAUUCGAUACUGUUAUAUUUCGACUUCAUUUAUAUACAAAUGUACCAGGUUUAUUGAAAUGAUUAGUUUUAGAUAAAAAAUAUGCAAAUUUUAACCUUUAUUUUUACUUUAUUUAAAUUUUU